AUGCCUUCUUCACCACCAAAACCAUGGGAGAAAGCCACUGCUACAAAACCUACUGUUACUACACAAUUACCAUGGACAAGUCCGUCCAUUAUACAAAGUCCUACUUCCGAAACAGCUCCUGCUCUUCCCGCAAGACCUUCAACAACUGGUUCAAAUUUUACGAGAGGUUAUAAUUCUUACUCCACGAGUUAUAAUACCCCAUACUCUGGUUAUAGUUCCUAUGGCAGUACUUAUGGAUCUCCUUAUAGCCGUUAUGGAUCUUAUUCUUCAUAUUCUCCAUAUAAUAACCGUUAUGGUUACGGCUCAUAUGGUGGAUAUGGUGGUGGUUCCUAUUCUUCUUACAGUCCUUUUAAUCGCUUUAAUACGUAUGGAGGAAUGAUGGGUCCCAAUGGUCCAAAUGGUCCAAAUGGUCCUGAUGAUAUGUCAUUAACUCAAAGAAUGGAAGCAAAUACUGCCGCUGGAUUUCAUAUGAUUGAAUCAAUAGUGAAUGCUUUCGGUGGUUUUGCUCAAAUGCUGGAAUCUACUUAUUUUGCCACUCAUUCUUCAUUUAUGGCCAUGGUCGGUGUUGUGGAACAAUUUGGAAAUUUACGAAAUUAUUUAGGCCAAGUUUUGAGUAUCUUCACAUUGAUACGUUGGAUACGACAUUUAUUUUACAAAGUAACGGGUAGAAAACCACCCGUAGAUCCUCAAGAAUUGAGUCCUGCGCAAUUUGAACAUUUUCAAAAAAGAAAGUUUUCUCGCCGUCCCUUAAUCUUCUUUAUCCUUGCUGUCUUUGGCGUUCCAUAUUUAAUGCAUAAAUUUAUCCAAGUUAUAUCACAACGACGACAUGAAAUCAAUCAUAAUCAACAACAACAUAGCUCACAAAUAACUGUUCCAGGACAACUAGCUCCUGGAUUUGCUCAGAAUCUCGAAUUUUGUAGAGCUCUUUAUGAUUUUAAGGGUGAAUCUUCAAUGGAAUUGAACCUGAAACGGGGUGAUAUCAUUGCAAUUCUGAAUAAAAAUGAUAUGUUUGGUCAACCAUCUCAAUGGUGGCGAGGUCGCUUAAGGAGUGGUGAACAAGGAAUGUUUCCCUCAAAUUACGUUGAGAUAAUUAACAAAGGAGGUGGUAAUUCGGAAG